CGCGCACAGCAGGAUGAUGGCGGUGGAAGUUUAGCUUGAUCGGGCCUUGGAGACGGAGUUCCGUUCACUAAAAAUCGUCGGUGUAGUAGAGGAUGCUGCAGCCUGGUAACUACAGCCUGGUGCUCUCCCUGCAGUCUCUGCUGCUCAUAUAUGACUUGUUUGUCAAUUCAUUCUCCGAGUUGCUGCGCUCAGCUCCAGUUAUCCAGCUUGUGCUCUUCAUAUUGCAGGAUGUGGGCAUCCUUUUCGCAGCAAUCGUCUUGUUUCUCAUGCUCUUCAACACCUUUGUCUUCCAAGCUGGUCUCCUGGGCCUGCUGUGUCAGCGAUUUCAGGUCACUGUCAUCCUGUGCGCUCUGCACUUGGCGCUCAGCGUGUCACUACACGUAUGGCUCAUGAACUUACGAUGGAACACAAAAAAUGUCUUUAUUUGGUCUGAUGGACUGCAGGCAUUGUUUGUUCUGCAGAGAGUCGUGGCCGUGUUUUAUUUCUACUUCUACAAGAGAACAGCUCUGAAUCUGGGAGAUUCCCGCUUCUAUCACGACUCUCUCUGGCUUCGCAAUGAAUUUGCAAGAGUGCAAGGUUGAACCCAUGAAAAAUGAUA